CGUAUGUAACAGUGACGUCAUGAUCAAAAGUCAUGAUUUUCGCAUAUUGUUUUCGAUUUUCUUGUUGGCCCGAAAUGUGUGUUCGUUAUCUCAGGCCAGUUUAAAUGAUCAUUUAAUACGUUACGAUUUUGAGGAAGACGGCACCAAUUUAACAAACAUCGAAACAUUACAGAAAGAUGCAACGAAAUAUGCAAGUUUUGCACCACCGAGGCGUCACGUUUCGCUUAAGGAAACGCCGGACAAUGCACUAUCCAGUGCCAGUCACAGUCGAGGGUUGCUACACCAAGAGCACUCAGGUUAUGCAUUAAACGAAUACGAAGAAACGCCUUACGUUCAUGGCAUCGAGUACAAUGUUCCAGAUGAACAUUCGGUACCUUAUGAUCAUAAGUAUUAUGAUCGUGAGCCUCACCAUUACGCCCCACACUAUUUGGAACACGGAUACCAUUACAAGCCUUAUAAUCACGCAUUAGCGGCGAAAACACUUCUCUGGCCAAUAGCCGGUAUUGCCCUACUGGGAGCAGCGGCUGCACUUGUUACCAAUCCUGUUCUAUUGCAACUAGGCGUUGUCUCCGGCAGGAAACGGCGUGACAUUGACGACAUACAUGGCCCGGAUUACAAUAAAAAACUACGGGACAUCCCAACGAAACUUGACAAGGCGUUUGAACCUAAUAUAGCAGUUCAACAUGUAGCAGACUUCCAUCACAGAAUGACUAAUUGGAAGGAAUUUAAGGCAGUGAAACACGCCGACAGAACCGUUAAGAAAAAUAACGAUUUCAUAAAACUAAACAUUGACAAAAGCGAUGAAGAUCAAAACUUUGUUCCGAUACCUUUAAUCAGAAAGCAGUAAAGACAUGUACUUUCAUAGAUUCAGAUUGGAGAGACGUACACUAUUUUUUUUGUGAAGAAUAAGUUAUAAUAAUAAUAAAAUUGUGUACCAUUAUUAGUACGCGCGUUAAUGAUGUACCUAAUUUUAAAUUAUUCUUAUAAUUUUCGACAUCAAUCGUGAUCGACAUAUUCAGGGGGUCAA